GUUCCCAUCCUUUCUGGCUGCUUGAUAGGGGCUGUCAAUCUCAAGUCCAGCAACAGAUACCCAGUGGUACAGGAAUUUGAAAGUGCGGAGCUGUCUUGUAUCAUUACAGAUUCACAGACAAGAGAGCCCAGGAUCGAAUGGAAGAAAAUUAAAGAUGCUCAGACCACAUACGUGUUUUUUAACAACAGAAUACAGGGGGACUUGGCAGGCCGUGCAGAGCUGUUGGGGAAAACCUCUCUGCAGAUCUGGAACGUGACCAGAAGAGACUCUGCUCUUUAUCGCUGUGAGGUGGUUGCUCAAGACGACCAAAAAGAAAUGGACGAGAUUGUCAUUGACUUGACUGUGCAAGUGAAGCCAGUGCCUCCGGUGUGCACGGUACCAAAGGCUGUGCCCGUAGGCAAGAUGGCCACGCUGCACUGCCAGGAGAAGGAGGGCUUUCCCCGGCCUCAUUACAGCUGGUACCGCAACGACGCACCCCUGCCCAAGGACUCCCGCGCCAACCCCAGAUUCCAGAAUUCCUCUUUUGUCAUCAACUCCGAAACGGGCACUCUGGUGUUCAGUGCAGUUCGCAAGGAGGACUCCGGGCAGUACUACUGCAUGGCUUCCAACGACGUCGGCUCGGCCAAGUGCGAGGCGCAGGAGAUGGAAGUCUAUGACCUGAACGUGGGCGGGAUCAUCGGCGGCGUUCUGGUGGUCCUGGCUGUGCUGGCCCUGAUCACCGUGGGCAUCUGCUGUGCGUACCGACGCGGCUACUUCAUCCACAAGCAGGACGAGGAGAGUUUCAAGAGUCCGGGGAGGCCCGACGGAGUUAACUACAUCAGGACAGAUGAGGAGGGCGACUUCAGACACAAGUCGUCGUUUGUGAUCUGAAACCUGACAUGCGGCCGAGAGCACACGCAAUACCUCCACCAGGAACUUCCCUAGAGCCGCCCGAGGGCAGCGCACCCGACAGAGCUAGACACGCGUGCAAAGCUUUUUGUUUUGGCCAAAGUUGACCGCUACUCCUCUCCUACUUUUUAACAAGCCGCAUGAAUAAAAGAAUUUUCCUCAAGAUGGGCUCAGGCAUCACAAGGAAAAGAACUGAGUGAGCUCACCGAGGCCGGCUCCCAGCUCAGACCGCUGGCUCCCAUGGGCCUGGGAAGCCAGUUCAUUUGCCACUUGCUGUGGGUCAGCAGGGGGAGCACCCUGCGAGGGGGGACGAGGGAGCAGGAUGCCCUGCAGCUGCGGUUUGAAUCAGUGCGUCCAGAAAAGAGGCUCGUUGGCCGUGACCUCGCCUCAGUGGCCCCGACAGUCUGCACCGGCUCUUCUGAAAGGCGCCUCAGUGUUGUCCUGUCCAUCUGGGGAAUCCUCUUGGAUCAGCACUUAGUGAACUGCUCGCUGGGAGGGCUCCUUACCUGCAGGAACCCUGCUCGUCGCCGGAGGGUCUCUAUGGAAACCUCCCGCUGAGCCCAAGUGUGACAUGGUACUAAAACGUCCUGCUUUUCUAUGGGUGUUUGUUUUCUAGAAUUUUACAUUCUAAAUUUUUGCUAAACAUGUAUUUUGGUUAUUGAAAAGAAAACUUCUAUUUAAACUGUAAAUAUGUUGUCAUACCGUGUUGAAUAACCUAUUUUUUUAAAGAAAAAGUUCAGCUUGCAGGAGGAGUUCCAAGCUACUCGUGUCAAAUGGAAAACGCCAACAGUAAGAGCAUCCUAACCCACGGCGUCUGCACGGGGGCUCGGCUGGGCCAUUCCUUCCACAAGUGCUUUAGCGUUUUCGAGAACUUCUGCCACCGACACGUCAGACCACGUUGCUUAGGGAACCUUUAAAAUUCCAGUUGAGUAACGUCAAAGUUGUCCUCUCUCCAAAGAAACACAGGCGCUCUUAGGUCAGCCGUGAACUGCCUCUCCCUUAGAUCCCUACCACCACCUGUGGCCAGAGACCACCAGAAGCUGUCAGUCACAGGCAAACCACACGGGUCAGCUCCCAGGGUUGAGUCAUAUGCCCCUGAGUGGGUGUGGGCUGCUAACUCCCGAGGCCGCCAGCACGUCCACUCCACCGCCAAUGCCACCCUGGCUGUGUGCCAACCAGCUCCAGUCUGUUGUUCAUGCGCCCAGCACCGGGCCCAGCCUAGAACAGGUGAGGUGUCCAUGCAAGAAGGUGGCCCCCCCCGUGUGGCCUCCCGCCGCUGGGUUCCUGAGCCACAGCCCUUUCUGGUUGUGGAUAGCUCACAAAACAAAAGCUACUGCUCUUUUGUUUUUAAAUGUAUUUAACUUAUUUGUGCAGUUCAUAACACUGUGCAGGCCAAAGGCAGUUCUGAAUCAAGCCUGCCAGCUACAUUUUUAAAGACGAAUUCCACUUGUCCUCUUUGCCAUGAAGAAAGCGCCGACGCCGCGGCCUGUGCUCGCCUCGCAGUGGAGCCAGGGCAGAGCCUGAUGGUGAGCAAAGUGCCGGCCUGAAUCCAAGGCCGAGUUCUGGUUCUGAUCUUAGUUUUCCUCCACCCCGGCCCUGCCCACGCCGUGGGGAUGCGAGGAACACGCCUGCCUUCUGCAGGAGCAGGUCUUGCCGGGUGCGCUGUUAGCUGGCGGAGUGGUUUGAGGGAAGCCCUGGCCCUGGUGUGCUUAGAGGGUAGUUUUCAUGUAGCCACAGUCAUCUUGGGAUUAAACUUCACUUGUCUUAACUUUUUAUACUUGGAGGGGUUUUUAAUUGGAGACUGUGACUUUUUAUGUGAAAUACUUUGCAUGGGGGAGUUGGCAGGAGCAGUCGGCAGCUCUCCAUACCUGCUUACUGGUACCUCUCUCCUGCGUUUGUAUUGAAUGCUUAGGAUGAGGACUAUCCCUUCACCUUCACCUCUUCUUGGUAGGAAGGGAUAGCGCCCCCUUUCUCUAAUUCUUGGGGAUCAGUACUCUGGCCUUGAUCUUGGUUGUCACAGUGAUAAGACAGCCUUAUUACCUUUCUUAUGCCUAAAACCUAUGCUGGGGCCAGGUGAACUGGGUCUGACAGGAGAGAAAAGUGAAGCGUGGAGUCUGGGAAGUAGUUGCCUGUGACUAAAAAUGUAGAUAGAUAAGAAACACUCAUGUUUUUCAAAUGUGAAUGUGACUAAAGGCAUGAGGCCUGUCCGCUGCCGUGGCCUUCGGCGUGGCUGUGCGUAGGUGUGCAGACUUGUACUAACACCCCCUAAAUCGGUAUGUGUUCAACCUCAUUUAUAAAAGCUUUACAAAAAUCAA